CUUUGCUGGAAAGAGUUACACAACACGGUUUUACUGUGGAAAACACGUGCACGCAGACUACCAAUGGGAACAGGAAAAAAGGGCGGGACUGCUCCCGCAUGACCAGCAGGAAGAGGGCUUCCGCGAUGGCCCAGCUCAGGAGUGGGCAGAAAAGAAACUUGUGGUGAUGAUGGCAGGAGCUGCUGCCCGAAAAACACCAUGCAGACACACAAAAACGAAAAAUAAAAGUAGAAAACAAAACACCAAAGAGACAAGAGGAGGUCUCUGGGGCAGUAGGGCGAGGGCAUGAUCAGGCCUUACUUUUGUUUCUGAGGUUCUAGCUUCAGGUCAGGAUGAACGCUUGGUUCAGCCAGAUGUUUAGCAGCCUACACGGCGAGCAACAGUCACAGAAAAACAGUUGGAGCCUGACAUGCUGACCUGUGUUCUAGGGGCUGAGAGGGCCUUCCUCUAGAGAGUAGCAAGAAGGAAGGGGAUGGAGGCUCCUGGGACAGGGAUUCCUCAGCAAGGCCACCUCUCAACGAGGUGGGUUCUUGGCUCUGGCCCUCUAAAUGCAGGACCCAAGCUAGGAACCUCAGGCUGUCCGCUGAAUUCCUGCCCAGGAAUUCCUGCCUUUCCUAAAGGUGGGGAUCAAUGGAGGCCAAGUGCAGUCACAUCCCCUCAUGGAUGCUCAGCUCAUGACAAUGAAGAAGAAUGGGAGGGGCUUUGGCAACUGACUCAGAGCCCAACCAGGUAGGAGGUGAGGCUUCAAGAUUGGCAGACCAGUUUACACGGAGGGCCUACUGGAGGCCCUGCCUAACACCUGGGCCAGCCCUUCCUCUGGGCCCAGUCCCCCACUCUGGUAAUCAAACCCACACAGCCCUUGAUUUUGGGGGGCUGCUGUAGAUCCUCAUUUGUUGAUGGCAUUUCCUUCUCUCCCUGUGCUUGAGGGGACCAACAAACUGCACUGUGGGCCUGAAUAGACAACUGGAACCAGCUAGUCCUUCAGCCCUAUUCUUGGUUGGAACCUCCAAGGAGCAGCAAUGUUACUGGCCAAAGAACAGUUGGCCUUGGUUGUGCUACUUCAUCAAGCCCCUUCCUGCUGGUGCCCCUCAGGGUCUGGAGAGCCUUCAUCAGAUUCCCGGAGGGCACAGGACCCAUGGAAGAUUAAAUGCUGGCCUAGGCACAGCUGAUUUUAUGCUCCAGAAGCAGCAGCGGUCGCCUUGGUGGGACAGAAAAGACAGAGAUGGACCCCGUGAGACUUGUCCGCCUAUUCUCUUGGGCCCGCCCCUUGGGGCUCUUGGGCCUCCAGCACUUUGACUUUCUUGGAGCCCAGUGGACAGGAGGCAGGGAGGGGCUUGUGUGGCUGAGGGCUGUGGGGCCAACUCAGCCAGCCUUAGCCGCCUUCAGCAGCUCCCCUUUGUCAGCUGCCUUUGAAUCUGGGAGCCAGAAGAAUAUGAGCAGCCUCCACUCUGACCCAAGCCAGCCCAGCUCCACAGGCCCUCAAGAAGAAGAGGAGAGCUUUGGAACCCUCUCUAAUAAAUACUCCUCCCGGAAGAUAUUCCACAAAUCAACACCCCAGUUGUAUGACCUACGACUCAGGGAACAGAAUAUUGAGGAAGAUGAAGAAGGGGAACUGGAACCAAAAUCAUGGCAGGGCCCAAGAAACACCCCAUAUUGGUACUUCCUUCAGUGUAAACGCCUAAUCAGGGAAGGAAAGCUGGCUGAAGCCCUGGACUUAUUUGAGAGGCAGAUGCUAAAGGAGGAGCGACUGCAGCCACUCGAGUACAACUACACGGUGCUGAUUGGGGGCUGCGGGCGGGCUGGCUACCUGAAGAAAGCCUUCGGGCUCUACAAUGAUAUGAAAAAACGGGAUUUAGAGCCCUCAGAUGCCACAUAUACAGCCCUGUUCAAUGUCUGUGCCGAGUCACCCUGGAAGGACUCUGCCCUUCAGAGUGCCCUGAAACUACGACAGCAGCUCCAGGCUAAAAAUGUCCAGUUCAACCUGAAGACAUACCAUGCUCUGCUGAAGAUGGCUGCCAAGUGCUCAGACCUCAGGAUGUGCCUUGAUGUGUUCAAGGAAAUCAUCUACAAGGGGCAUGCUGUUACAGAAGAGACCUUUAGUUUCCUGCUCAUGGGCUGCAUCCAGGACAAGAAGAUAGGCUUCCGACUCGCCCUGCAGGUGUGGAGGCAGAUGCUGAGUCUGGGACUCAAGCCAACCCAACAUGGCUACAACUUGCUGUUAGGGGCAGCUCGGGACUGUGGCUUGGGGGACCCAGAAGUGGCCUCCAGGCUGCUCCUGAGACCCAGAGAGGAGACAGUCCUGCUCCAGCCCCCAGGCAGGCGGCAGGCAGGGAAGAAAGGCUCUUCUGUGAUUGAUGGUGUAAUGACCAGAGUACAUGUGGAGGCGCUGGAGAGGGAGCUGUUUCUGGAACCUUCUCAGGCAGUUGAGGGACUUCCAGAGCCUCGGGAGGCCCUAGUGCCCUGUAAGGCACAAUCUGAGGUGGAAACCAGGGCAGAGCCUGACCACACAGCAGUUCUUACCCCAGUGGCUCUGAAGCCAUCUCCCUUGGAGUUGGAGAUCAACCUCCUGACCCUGGAAACUGUCUCCCCAGCUGUGGUCUCCUUUGGGACAGUGAUCACCCCUGCUGACAGACUAGCUUUGAUAGGGGGCCUGGAGGGCUUCCUGGGCCAGAUGGAAAAGCACGGGCUCCAGCCCGACAUUAAAACCCUCACACUGCUGGCUGAGGUGGUAAAGCCUGGGAGCCCUGCGGAGUCCUCACUGCUGACCAUCCUAGACAGGCAUCAGGUGGAGGCUGAUGUGACAUUCUUCAACACACUGAUGAGGAAGAAGAGCAAGCUGGGAGACCUGGAAGGGGCAAAGGCGCUGUUGCCAGUCCUGGCAAAAAGGGGAAUUAUCCCCAACCUACAGACGUUCUGCAACCUGGCCAUUGGGUGUCGUAGGCCCAGGGAUGGUCUACAGCUGCUUGCAGACAUGAAGAAAUCCCAGAUGACCCCCAACACCCACAUCUACAGCACUCUCAUCAAUGCAGCCCUCAAGAAGCUGGACUACACCUAUCUCAUUGACAUCCUGAAAGACAUGAAGCAUAACAGGGUCCCGGUGAAUGAAGUGGUCAUCCGCCAACUAGAGUUUGCAGCUGAGUACCCACCCACCUUUGACAGGUACAAAGGGAAGAACACUUACUUGGAGAAGAUCGAUGGCUUCCGAGCUUAUUAUAAGCAGUGGCUGAAAGUGAUGCCAGCAGAGGAAACCCCCCACCCCUGGCAGGAGUUCCGGACCAAGUCCAAAAGAGACACUAUCAGGGAUGCUGGUGUGGACGAAGUCCUUGGGGGCAGGUAACAGAAUGCACAGCUAGAACAAAGUGCCUGGACCUUGGUGCCUGAUGGGAGUCCCAGGAGUCCUUUCCAUGAUAAAGACAAGCAAACAUGCUGGUGUCACCUUCCUUGAGUUGGAAAUGCAGCAUUUUAUGGGUACAGAUAUGAGGACAAACACUGGGCCCAGGGUGCCCAAGAGCACCUGCCACAGCAGGUCCAAGAGCAAUCUUUGCACAUCAUCUCAGAUCAGUUUCACCUGAGAGACUGUCAGCCCAUCAUUGCUGGGUGACUUGUGGUCAUACAGUACGUAUGAGGUGGAGCCAGGACUAAGCAUAGAGGUUCCCUGGGGCCUGGCAUUUUCCUACCAGGUUCCAGUUUGUUACUCUCAAAGAAUGGACAUAAGGCCCAAGAGGUUUCAACGUUUUAUUUUUAUAAAUCACAUCAGGUGAAAACCAAAGCCUUCACCUAUAGAGGUGCUCCAACUCACGCCUGAGGCACUGCUGAGAAGAGCUGCUCCCAAGAAGCCGUGGCAGGAUAUGCAGAAGCCUGCAAAGUCUGAAGUCCAGGGUGGAGAGGGGCCAGGCCUAUGGCCUCAGCCAGAGCAGCCCCGACAGCCACAGUGUGUACACUCGAUGAUGCGGCCCUGCAACAGAGCACAGCUAAGCUACUGCACCUGGUCACACACCCAUAUACCCCGACCCUCUGGCUAAGAAGGGUGCCAACAGUGUAUUUCCUGCAGAACACAUCUCAGAAACCUUUGCUGGAUUAGUUCUGGACAGAGGAACUUCAGUUCCCUCAUGAAAAUGGGAAAUGCUACUCUUCACACUGAAGUUAUAUUUGUGUGCAUUUAAUACAUAAAUUCAACAUACACAAUUGUCGAAAAAAGGAAAAAAAUCUGUGUGGAUGAGUCUCAUUACUCCACCAGUGAGCUGAGGCAGGUGCCACUGCUCAGAGGGCUCAUGCCAGGGGUCUCAAGGCUCCUCUCUGCUAGGACACUGGGGCAGAAAGGUAUACACUUGAGUUUCUGUGGCUUACAACAGUCUUAUCCCAAAUGCCCAGUGGCUGACUGGGGUCAGCAGACUAAAGGCCCUAGAGCAGUGGUUUAUGUUAAUUUUAUUUUUCCAGUUUUUUUUUUGAGGAACAGAGUUUAGUCUAAGCAAACAAAAUCCUCUGCUGAAACUCAGCCAAGUUGAAGGUAGCCUUUGCUAGGUUGACGCAGUACCUCUGUCACAACACUCCUGUGGAAUCUUGGGGCACUCAGAAGACAGACUUCUGCUGCUCUGCCACCCCUGCCUUCAUCAUGCUCACAACAUAGCCUUCCCUCCAGAGCUAGCCCUUCCCACUGCUGAGUAUGCCCAUGCAUGAGCUUCCACAUGGUGCAGGCAGAGCUAGCCACUGCGUUACAGCCCUCAGUACUGAGCCAAAGCUCUAGGAACUCACUGCAGCAUAAAAAAUACCAUGGAAUAAGGCGCCUGUGGGAAGCUAGGAGGAAAAAAGGACAAGCUGGGCCAUCUGGCCUGACCUCUAGCUGAGCCAAUAACUUGGCCAAGGGGCUACAGGACAUGACUACUUAAUUGGUAAGUGCCAAUAUCUAAUGCCUGCCUUUUUCUGCAGCUUCAUUUAAGAGGAGCUCAGGUCCUAUUAUUACACACACAGCACCAUUCCUGAGGUGCCCUGCCUAGCUGUCAAACAGAAAGUUCUGAUAAGAAAUAAGUGGUGACAUUAAAGUGGAUUGAAGGGAAAGGGACAGGAACUCCUACUGACCAGCCAUCCUUUCCUAAUAUUGUUUCUCACUACCUCAGAGGUAGGUAUUGCACCACCACUUCCUAAAUAAGGAAAGGGAUUGUUACUUGCCCAAAGUUGAGACUGGCUCCAGACUUAACAAGAUUUCUAAGCCCCAUCCCUGAACAGGGAACUUAUUCCUGGGAGGGAUGGCCAGCAGGAUUCCAGUGACAAAACUGCAUUCCAGCCAAACCAAAUGCUGUAAGCACCCCUGGAGUCAAUUAGAGCAGAGUUUUGAAGUGAAAACAAUGUCAAAUUCAAUAAUCAGGCAUUACCACUUCCAGCUUGCUUUUAGGAACCCGGCAAAUGCAGUUAGUUCCAAAAUUGGUGUCCCGAGUCUGAAUGCACCGCAGACAACACAAGUUCUCAUAUCCCUGCUUUUUCCACUUUGCAAUCAAGUUUUUGUCUGCAUAACCUUCUUUAAUACAAUAUUCAUAGAGUUCUGUCAAAAGAUUGGGAAAGGAUAUCAGACCAUGGUGUAACAAACCUGCCUCCACCCUUGAUUAAAAAGAAAAAUUUGCCCAUUUUUAGUGAUUAAAAAAAAAAAAAACAACUCAUGGUGCUUGCUGAGGCUACAAGCA